AAGGUUUCUUUUUUGAUCUAAGGGGUAAAAAUGUCGAAGUUACUGUUGCUUCUGCAUUAUGGUAAAAUAACACUUCUUGCUGUUUUAGCCUACUUGUAAUAACAACUCGGCUUUCCAUAUGUCAUUUUGCUACAACUUGCGUCGCCUCCCGGAUAUGGGCUGGUUUACUGAGUUAGGUAUAAACAGCAAUAAUGGGACUCUUUGGUGCAGCAGUACUUAAAAUGCUUAUCGCACCCGCUGGCAGUGGUGUUACAGCUUCCACACCUGUACUUCGCAAGAAACGUUACAAUCGAUGAGGGGAAAAGUGGCAAGCAUGCACCUGUUAUCACUGUAGAAAAUACUUGUUACCUCAUUGCAAUGCAAAUGACAGGCUGUGCGCUGUACCGGGUACAGCAGACAAGUAGGAGUUCUGGGACCAGUAGGAACCUGAAUGGGAACACUGGAUACAUAGAUUAAUUAGUUCUUGUGCUGUGACCUAAAUUCAGCCCGUGUCAGGUUAAUACUACCUACAACUGCAAGCCCACAGACCUACCCUGCCAGGACCUACCUGACAUACAGUCCUCUCGGCUGAGCCCUGCACCUGUAUUGCAUAAGUUAAACUGUAAUCCAUUUUGUGGAACUUUUCUCCCUGGUCGUCCAUUGAAAAAUGAUUUGUGAAUAGUUAUUCAUCCUAACCAACAAUGCUGUCAGUGGCUGCUGUAGGAGGACUGGUUGGUGCCAUUUUCUUUCUUCUGGGUUCCGCAGUCAUCAUUUACAUCCUCUGGAAGAAAAGAUGUGCACGCACUCAGUAUGAGGAGCUAAGCAGUGAAGGCAUACCGACACUUGUUUACAAGAACUGUGGAAAUCAAAUUGCUGUCUCAGUAAACCCUACAAGACAAAUACACAGUCAAAGGGCAAGAAGUAUCCCAUUUGUCGUUCCUCCAAAAUUCGACAGUCGAGAAUGGGUGGGCAUUGAGAAUGGACUUCAAAUUCAAGAUGACAAUGAGAACUACACUGCACCUGAUCUGCGCUGCUGUUCUUUUCAGUCUAGUGGAGUAUAUGCUUUUGGGAAAAUAAAUCCAGAUUUGUACUCAGAAGAGGCCGAUGAGAUGGAUUAUCCUGACAACAAUAUAGGUCGACUUUGGUUUGUUGUGGAAUAUGAGAGUGAAACAGAGCGACUUCUAGUGUCACUAAUUAAAGCUAGAAACUUGCAGUUAUCAUCUUGUGAAACAUGUAACCCUUUUGUAAAAAUAUACCUUCUUCCUGAUGAGAGACGUCACCUGCAGUCCAAAGUUAAACAAAAAACGAAAAACCCUCAGUUUGAUGAAAGAUUUGUAUUUCAGGUUUCUGGUAAAACUUUACAUCAGAGAACAUUAAAAUUUUUAGUAUGCAGUCUUGACCAGCAGAAAAAGCACCAUACAGUUGGCAGUGUGAUAUUCCCUCUUACAAAUGAAAUGCAGCAUGAAGUCAGCAAGCUAGUUGUUUGGAAGGAUCUGGAAGUAGAAAAUCCAGAACAUCCUUCAGCAUUUGGUGACCUCCAGUUCUCCAUGAGUUAUAAUGAUUACCUGGGCCGUCUGACGUUAGUAGUACUCAGAGCAAGAGGACUGCACUUAUUAGAAGAAGAAGAAGAAGAAAAAGUUUCUAACUUAUACGUUAAGGUGUCUCUAAUGAAACGUAACAAGCUAAUAAAAUGUAAAAAGACAGCCAUCAUUCAAAGAACACCACAUCCAGUUUUCAAUGAAACCUUGAGCUUCAGACUUGAUUCAGAGGAGCUCAGUACAGCCAGCGUGUCUUUGUCUGUGCAUCAGAGGAUGGAGAAGGAAAAGAGUCACCCACUGGGUCGUGUUGUAGUUGGACCUUUCAUGUAUGCCAGAGGCAGGGAGCUGGAACACUGGAAUGAUAUGAUAAACAGGCCUAAGGAGCUGGUUAAACAAUGGCAUGCACUUACUUGCAGCAUGUAAUCUGUAAGUCCCAGCAGGAAAGGACUACACAAAACUGCUAGAUGCCAAUAAACUUUACCAAACAUAACUUGAAGAAUUGUUUUCAGACUACGUUAAAAGAACUUAUUAUCAAUCAAUACAUUUCUUGUAAUGUACAGUAGAAGGCAUACUAUUCAAUGCUUAACUUGUUUGGAAGUCCAACAGCCUUCUGUAUAAGUCAAUAAGUAUCACUUCUUUAAGUACUGAUGUACAACAUUCAAGUCUACAAAUCAUGGAAUAUACAUUUUGUGUAUUGUCUGCACAAUAUAUUUGUAAUAAACAAAUGGAGAAAACAAACUUCUUAAUUGUUGUUGAAAUACAAACAACCAAUGUAAUCACAAUUCAGCUAGCGGAAACUGUAAUUUACUAAAACUAAUGUCUUUCGGCCUUUCCCGGUUAGGGGUCGCUACAGCAGAAAAACGGUCCGGUAAUGAUUGGC